AUUAUGGCAAACUCUUGUUUUAAGCUGGCGGUUUACAGUUGGCCUUGCUUAUAACUUACAAAACGUGAUCUAUACCUCGAUUGAAACGUUUACAUUUUAUGUCCCAAACCGAGAGUUACACCACCGAGCAGAAAGAUCCAGUUUGGACACGUCCUAGUUUAUGAACUGGCUCACGCCGCUAGCUAACGUUAACUUGCCGCCCACUGCGAUGGAUUUUUGCGGAAGGCGACUGUAGAUGAGGGACGACCUGACAGCAUCUGGCUUCUUUGACCUGUCGCUCCAUCAUCUCAGCUCUGUUGGAUAGAGCGGUUCUCCAACAUCUUACCAUCUGCCAAGCUCUGUUUCCAAACACCCUUAGUCUGCCACAUCCUCUUCCUUCAAAGACCUCAAACAACUCUGGACUGAACUAUAACAGCUGCAUAGAGAGUUUCUGCCAACGUCCUUUAUUUAAAAAAAACAAAACAAAGAAAAGUGACAAUGUAUUGCCUACAGUGGCUACUCCCUGUGCUGCUCAUCCCCAAGCCGCUGAACCCGGCGCUGUGGUUCAACCACUCCAUGUUCAUGGGCUUCUACCUCCUCAGCUUCUUGCUGGAGAGGAAGCCCUGCACCAUCUGUGCCUUAGUCUUCCUGGCUGCCCUCUUCCUCAUCUGCUACAGCUGCUGGGGCAACUGCUUCCUCUACCACUGCCAGGACGCCGCACUGCCGGACGCUGCCCACGACCCAGUGAUUGUUGGGACCUAGGAUUUAAAAAAAAAAAGGUGGGGGGAACUGAAAGGGGGAAGGGAGGGUGAAGAGGUGUCGCUGGGGAAUGAUACUGCCAUGCUGUAAGAGUCGACAGACUCCACUUUGGGGGUGGGAGAGCAGUGUAGAGGCGGUGUUGAAGGACUGCUGGAGAGGAAUACCGCAAAUAUGGAGCGCGCUUGGCCAAAGGCAGCGUUAAGGAGAAGGAGUUUUUGGGGAGCUGUAUUGCCAUGCUGUAAAGAAAGAGUCUUGAACUUUGGGUGGUAGGAGGAGAGGAAGGGGGGAUGCGAUGUAGGAGGAGGCAUUAUGUGUACUUUUAAUGUAACGGGAAGGCGCGACAUCCAAACGUGUGAACUUGGUGUUCACUUUCUGCUACUUCGAUUCCAGCAUCUGAAUAAGAACUAGAUCGUAUUUAAAACCACAUGUGACGUCAACCUAAAGUGACCACUGUGUUUGUGUUCGGGUCCUUAUUCCUAGCCGUCUUACUUGUUUACUUCCAGCACUAUUGAAGAAAGACGUCGCUUUCUCCAAAAACUGAUGGUCAUCUUUUUUUUUUUUUUUUAAGAAUACAAACGCUCUCCACUUCAGAUUGCCAAAAUUCACGCAACCCCACACGAAAGCUGCAGACAGAGUUGGUAGUUACCAAGUUUCACUGGCAGCCAUGCUUGCUUCUCAGCCCCGCACCGUUACAGUUGUUGACAAACUUUAUCACACCUGGUAGUGUUUAGGAAUAGUCGGCGUCUUGUUUGUCUUCUGAGCUCUAGAGAGAAGAGGAGCAGCAUGCCUUUCACAGUCCAAACAGACCAAACUUUGUCGCUACUUUGGCUCUGCACACGUCAUGCUAUCCUCAACAAGGAGAGCACACAAGACACUGGACAAUCAGUUACUAUGCUGUGAAUAAUUUGCCACAUCGCCACACAGACACACCUCAGAAGGUGUUGUAAUGCUGAGAUACUGUCCUGUUACUGCCCACUGUACUCUGCAGCUGCCCUUCUCUUCCUCGUCUCCUCUUCCUCCUCUUGCCUCAGAGUGAACGUCCCCCAUUGUCAGACUCACAAUCUGAACUUUUUUUGCCGUUUGUUUUUCUUGUGCAUGGGUUGACUUUAUUAUUUUUUUUUCUCCAAGCGUUAAAUUCACACAUGUUUUAAUUAAAACAAAAAUGCUGAAAGUUUCCAAAGGGUAGAGUAAUCUGGGGGGUGUGUGUGUGUGUGGGGGGGGGGGGUAUGAAGGAACAUGUUUAUGUGUGAUAGGUGUGUAUUUGUUUGUGGUCAUGACAUGCUGAUGAGCGUUAAAAUGUGGCGAUACACAAGGUGACAUCACAGUAGAUGGUCAGUAUUUACAGCCACAGAAAGCACUACAGGGUGCUGGUUGAGGAACUUGUAUCAGAGUUUAAUGACACAGGAUUUUAUUGUUAAUCAGAAGGGCAAUGCUGUCAUUACGUUUCCUUGUGUAUGACUGCUGAAGUGUUAUGUUUAGCUAUAUGACACAGGCUAAGGUGUUUAUACUUUGUACCUACUGGGGUGGGGAGGGGUGUGUGUGUGUGUGUGUUUGUGUUUGUGUGGGUGUGUGAGACCUCCUGUUGCAGUGCUGAACAUGCCCACUGCUUUUGGUUUUAAUUUAAAUAAAGUUUUUCCUCUCAGUGUUAAA